CAUGGUACCACAAACUUUUUACCCUUAAACUUUUAAAACCAAAGUUUCAAAAGUCUUUCUUCUAUAUAAAAUAUUCAACUAGAAGAUCACAACUAGUUUGAAUUUAGCUAUCCUUGACUGAUUGUUGUAAAACAGCAGAAUUCUCUCCAUGAAGUACGCUUUAGAGUAGUUCAACACAUUUUGACGAGAUGAAAAGAUUCUUGCGUAAGGUGGCCAAACAUUUUACAAGCGCAACGCAACCCCAAAUCCAAUUCCACAAACAUCUUAAACCAGCAAGAUUUAACCUGACUCUCAAAAGCUACCUCAGGUCUAAUCCUAUCAAGACUAUUUUGCUUUUCUCUGACUUGAUGAGAAAAAAGAUUUCUGCAGUAGAUAGCUACGCUCUCCUGUAUGUCAUCAAAGCUUGCACAAAGAAAUCCCUGGCCAUUGAAGGCAAACAAGCACAUACCCUUGUCAUCAAACUUGGCUACGAACCCAACAUUUUUCUUCAGACAUCGCUUAUGGAUAUGUACGCUGGAACUGCAAAUGUCGCUGAUGUCCAUCAGGUGUUUGAUGAAAUACCCAACAAGAAUGUUGUGUGUUGGACUUCACUGAUUUCAGCGUAUGUUCAGAACCAGAAACCAAAUAGAGCCAUAGAGAUAUUCAGGCAAAUGCAAAUGGUUGAUGUUGAGCCUGAUCAGGUAACUCUCACUGUUGCUCUGUCGGCCUGUGCUGAUCUGGGGGCGUUGGAUAAAGGGGAGUGGAUUCAUGAUUCGAUAAGUCGAAAGCCAGAGUUUAGUGAGGAUUUAUGUUUAAUGAAUGCUCUGUUGAACAUGUAUGUAAAAUGUGGGGAUAUCAGAAAAGCUAAGUUACUGUUUGAUAACGUUAAAAUAAAGGAUAUUAGGACUUGGACUUGCAUGAUUGUUGGGCAUGCAUUACACGGCCAAGCAGAGGAAGCGCUAAGGCUGUUUUCAGCAUUGGAAGCAGAAAACAAGUCAAGAUCAAGUAAAAGCCAAGGGACUAAAGACCAAUUACUUGUUCCCAAUGAUGUUAUGUUUAUUGGGGUUUUAAUGGCUUGUAGCCACGCAGGGAUGGUGGAAGAAGGGAAAAGGUAUUUUAGAAGUAUGAUUGAGGAGUAUGGCUUAAAGCCUAGGCUUUCUCACUUUGGUUGUAUGGUGGAUUUGUUAUGCCGUUGUGGGCUGCUAAACGAGGCGUAUAGUUUUAUUUUGGCAAUGCCUAUUCAGCCAAAUGCAGUUAUAUGGAGAACACUACUUGGCUCUUCUGCCGUUCAUGGCAAAGUAGAGCUUGCUGCAGUGGCUCGGUCUAAAUUAGGUGAGUUAGAGGUUAGUCUCGUUGGUGAUGAUGUUGCAUUGUCUAAUAUUUAUUCUGCCAAUGGCAUGUGGGAGGAGAAAAUAAUGCUUAGACAUGAGAUGAGACAAAGGAGAACUCCUGGCUGCAGUUCAGUUGAGGUGGGAAAGUUGCAUUCUUGAAUGUUAAUGAAGAGAAGUGCUCAUCCUUUGCACUAUGGUCUUGCUCUCUUCGUCGGGACAUAAGAACAUUUAUCAAUUUGUCAUCUUGUUAUCAAUGACAUUGGGCAGAAAGUUUCAAAUAUAUGACUGUUCGUAAUAUUGUUAAUUCAAAAAGAAAUUUCUGGUAUAUAGAAAGGAUGCCGAUAAGUGUAUGGCAUUUGACAAAGUGAAGGAAAAAUAAGACUGCCAGGACAUGACAAAGACGUGAUAAAAAUCCAAAAAUUGUAAAGACUUGAUACUCUAUUUACCAUGUCCUUGUAUUUUCUAUAUACUAUAACAAUUUUCGGAAUGCGCGAAAAAUCUACAUGCUCUUUUCUCUUCUUUUUUUUCUCUUUCCAUUUUGCUUCU